AGGAGGAGGAGGAGCUGUAGCGGGACCAAUGGUAGCAGCAGUGUGGAAGUUUCUGUUAGAAGGACGACGCGUGUUGCUGUUGCUAUUGCUGUUGUAGAAAGGAUUUUCUGACGUGGUCUUGCUGAUGCGAUUGGGGCUGGUCUUCUGGUGGUGAGGGUGGUAGUUGGUACGAGACGAGGAGCCUGGCGCACCGGCGGAGGAUCUUGCUGGGGAAAGCCGCUCUGCAAGGCGAGGACGAGUUCGCGGCGGACUCGGAGGUAGUCUUGAUGGGCGCGGUGGAGUGGGCGGCGUGGUAGGUUCGAACUCGUAUGGGUUUUUUGCAACGGUGGUUCGAGUGACUUUGCUCUUCCAAGUGCCAUCUGGUUGUUCAGUCUUUUUGGUACGAGUGAACAGCAUCUCGCCCGGAGACUCAGAGGACCAAUUGUACUGGCCUUCGAAUGUCGUGCGCAUGCGCGGAGGGCUACGUCUGCGCGGUUCGGUAUGGUGACCGCCGUAGAGUACGCGCGACGCUCGAGCGGCUUCUUCACGCUCUUCCAUCUCCUCAGCAUCAGGCAUCUCCUCUUCAUCAUCAGACCAAGCCAAGGCUUCCACAAUGGGAAGCCGAGGUCUCUUACUGGGAGACAUGGAGGGAUAGCGGUCAGUCAUCUUGUGCAAAGAGUGUUGCGUUGCGCUCGUGUUUCUGCUGAAGCUUGAUGGUUGCUCUUCUGCAACACAUACUCAUAGGGAGUCACGAUAGGCGGGGUGCAUGGGCAACGUCAAAUUCUUUGAUCAAAGUCGCCGGAUGCGGAAUCUCAAAAUUCCAUCCCCAUUGUGAUUUGAUUCACUCAAUUGCAAAAACUUCCGCAUCCGGCCAUGUGAGCUCCUUCACCAACAAUGGACAUCCGCUGCUUUGUCCUCGACCAUACAACUCCCCUCGCCCCCAAAAGCCCAUCCACAAUGCCUUCUCAUCCACUUCCUUCUCAGCUCGACGAACAGGCAGAAUCAUGGCGGACCCCAACGACUACUCCCGCUAUUUCAGCAAUGCCCAAGACGUCCAGAGGCGCAGACAAGCAGAAGAGGAACUCAUCCUUCGCGCUCAUCGGCAAGCUCAGGAUGAAGCAGAACGACGCAAGAUUGAAGAAGCGCACGCCGAUCGUUUCCAGCUGAGCGGUAGUGGUCGUCCUCGUCCUGCACCGGGAAGAAAGAUGUCAUCACCACAGAACUCCGCGGCAGCAAGACAUGGGAUUCGGAAGUCGAGCAAAGCUACACCUAGACCAUCAGAUCCCCAGCCGGCGCAACGCACCGAGACUUCGGAGCUGUAUGAAAGCUUCAUGAGAGCGCGAGCUCAGCGAGGAGGGAGAGCUCGUUUUACUGAGAAAGACUUGAAUCUUGCUUCAAACUACGGAACUCGGACUGGCCAAGGGAACUGGAAUGGUCCAUCGAGGCCGCAGCAGCGGGCCUAUCGUCGUCCAUCCCCACCGGCUCCAGCGGCCAAAACUUACAGACCAAGUAAGUUCGUCGAGGAGCUGAGCAGCGAUAGUGGUGAUGAUGAAGAGAUGCCACCUCCCACUUCAGCUCGCAGUCCACUGUACAACAAUGUGUCUCGCACUGAUACACGUCCAGCGGCUGCUGCUACUGCUCCAAGGAAGAAUGGACUUUUCAGUCUGAAUCCUCCAACGCCAAGAUCACCAGGCGGGGGACUCUUCGGUAGCAAGUCUCCUACUCGUCCCACUACCAGCUAUGGAGAAGGACUGUUCACCAGUAGUUACAGAGCACCACUUGCGGAACCUGCUGCACCAUCUGCGAAGCGACGGACACCGCCCCAGCAAGAAUACCACGAGGAAGUGGAUUUCUCGGGUCUUGACGAGGAGACGAUCGAGGCCAUUCUGAUGAACAGUCGUGCCAAACGCGAUGCCCUGGGGGGAAACCGCAGAGCACGUUUUGGUAUUCCGUGCUUUCCGAGUCAAGGAAAGAAGAAGAACGCUAUGACACGUCCUAUGCCAAAUCCAAAUUACGGUUUCGAAGACGUUGACGAAGAUCACUACGCUCGUCCCAUAGGUCCCGGGGCUGCUUCUUAUGGCAUCCAGCGCCGCAACGCGAUCCGCCGACCGGGAGCCAACACUGGCGCUUUCGGAGUGGCAGGUCAGUCUCACCUCGCUCGUAGCAAUGCGACCCGUCAACCACAUGUCAAUUCUGGUACACAAGGUCGUGCCGGUGUCUCUGGAGUUCUACGCAACAAUGCACGGUAUGAACCUUCCACUAACGCUGGCAUGUUUGGCACAGCCGGUGUCUCGGGGGUCCAACGACGCAACCGUGUUGACCCCAGGCCGUCCGGAGGUAGAUACGGAUUUGUCCAAAGGCCAGCAGGAGCCACGCAUCAAGCACCUCGUAACCAGGGUGAGCGGGCUGGUGGAGGAUUUGGGACUGUCUGGGAUGGCAAGGGUCGCAGGCGUAGUGCGAGGAACUUGAGUGGCAAGUGAGAUGUCCAAUUGUCGGCAAAGGGUAGGGAGAGCAGUCGAGCUACAAGUGGGCGAACUCGUUGAAAGCGGAGGUCAUGAUUGGGAUGUGUAUGUUAGUUAAUGUUUGGUAAUACGUUUCCGUAUCUCCUUAAAAUGUUCAAUCUAUUUUGCGGUCAGCAUCGAGCCAUGGGUAUCGUGUUCGUACAUGAAGUCGUCGGCUGGUUCUCCAACCAUCCUUGGAACCCUUAUACCAUCUGGGAUCAAAUCUGUGUCCAGCAACGAUGUCACCAUUGCAUUCUGCAAGUGAUCAUGGCAGCCACUUCACCACCAGCGUGAGCGUGGUGUAGUCAUCGCGUCUCUCUUCACCUGGACCCUCGCUCUCAAGUCCCACUAGCCUCUCGAUAGAAACUCAAACUCCGCCCCGCCCCGGCCCCUACGAACACCUCAUUCCUCGCGGUAGGACUAUGCCACAACCACUUGACGGCCCACAGGCACUUCUCACUCUCCGUCUGUGUAGCGACACAUUCCCUCCUCUCAAUACUCCAAAUCUUAGCUUUGCCAUCAUAACUCCCACUCAGCAGGUAUUCUCCACUGAAGUUCCAAUCCAAAGUCAUGAUCCAGCUGCCAUGUCCUGUGAAGUUUGCAACUUGCUCUCCAGAUUGCGUGUCAUACAGUGCAAUGAUCCUCGCGUCACCUGCAGCAGCCAAGUAUCGGUUUGCUGGGGAGAACUUCACGGAUCGGACGGGUUUGAUGAGUCCUGAGAGGGAAUGUGCGAGACGUUUGGUGGAGUUGUUGAAGAUGUAGAUGCUGCCGCUCUGGUGGCCCGUUCCAGUCAUUUCGCCAUUGGGGGAGAUAUCGAUGGACAUGCCGAAGGAGCCUUUGGUGGCAUAAGUCGUGAUCUUCUCUACGGAUGCUGCUGCACUCCCAUCGGAUGUGUCAAGGGAGGAGGUGUCAUAGACAUUGACACGGCCAUCAGAGGUGGUGACAGCAAGGUACUGUCCGUUCUCGUUCAGCGCUGGCGCCCAGUGCUCACCAGCUGCCGUCUUCUUGUCCGAGGGCACGAUGGAGCCUUUGGGCUGCCAUUGCCCACUUUCGUCAUUGUAGUGCCAUACUCGUAGAUCGCCAGCGAAACCCACACUUGCGGCGACUUUGCCGUCGAGACUGGCACAGAUGUGGUGGCAGCCGAGAGGGUGCACUUUGUCGAGUGUCUGCGUGAGUGGAUAUGGGUUCUCGUCUUCGGUGCUGUCGGCGUGGAUGGUCUGCCCGCGGGUGCUGUAAAUCUUGAUACUGGACGAGCCGGAAGCGGUCAGGAGGUGUGAGGGCGUGACGGCGAGCGAGAAGAUGUCGGUGGGAUGCGCGUCCGGGAUGGUCAGCGUUUGGAGGUAUUGCUUCGACUGCGGGCGAAGAAGAAGAUGAACGAGUCAGUGGUGGGUCUAUACAGG